UGCGCGCGCGAUGCGAUCCGCUCUCAAAAACGGUUAAACGGCCUUAAUGCAAAACGAUCGAUUCUAAAUUUAAAAAUGAUAAGAAGACUUUUUAGUGAGAUUUGAAAGAGUAAUUGAUAUAUCAGUGAAACGUAUAAAUAAACUAUUAAAAUUUUUAUAAUAUAUAAAGGACUUAUUUUAAGGGAGGAAAAUAAUUGUACCGUAGAUAUUGAAUGAAAAAGUUCAUUUUGAAUUUUAAAAAAUAUUAAAGAGGACUUAAUUACUUUCAUGGAAGAACUUUACUUAUUUAUAUCGAUAUUAAGAAGGGCUGAAACCCUUUAUCUAAAGUACUUACUUUCUUAUACAAAAUUAAACGACUAUCGCUGCCAGGAUAUUAUUAUCACAAAUUGUAACUGCUAGCUUGUUCUACUCUUGAUCUCGAGUAGUCUAUUAAAUACCGGUUAAACUUGUGCUUAAAUGUUAAAUGAAAAGUUUGUUUUUAAAAACUUGUUCGAAACACUUCAUGUGAUCGAAUUCAUUUGUUUUUGAACAGUGAUUGAAAUAUUUAUGUGAUAAUAUUUACGAGCCAUCUUUUUCAGUUUCCUAAUCUCUAAUCAUGUCAACUCUUCCGGGUCCAACAUCAGAAUCAGUGUAUAAGUAUGAACUAUAAAUUACCUAACAAAGAUGACUCAAGUGUUUUAAAACAAUCGAGUUCCUUCUUCGGACAAUUCUCAUCAAUAUUAGCUUUAUAAACCUGGGACAGUAGUGAUGAUAUUUAUAGUCGCAAAUUCUCUCACUCUCAAUUUGUGAACCUCACAAGUACUUUGGACAGUUCUUAGUUCAAAAAUAAAAUGGAACAGAAAAAAGUGUCACAAAGUGCAACCGUGGAGUGAACCUCAAAAGUUUUCACUUUAGACAAUUCAACAGAACUCGCCCAUACAGUGAAGUGCAACUUUACGGUGGAACUGUAAACUGUGUUGUUGUUGUUGAAUGUCCUAAGGUACCCCAUAGGUGCACAGGGCCUCCACAAGAUCCUUCCACGCCUCUCUAUCUUGAGCCACCGCCUUGGCCUCGUUCCAGCUCAGUCCAUAUUCCCUCAGCUCGUUCUCAACGCUCCUCCUCCAGGUGUGUACGGGGCGUUUGCGGGCUCGCUUCCCUCCACCACCGCCACUCAAACGCGAACUGUAAAUUGUGUAUGUAAACUGUGUCCUUAAAAGAAUCUGCAAGUACACAGACCACAGCAAAAGAAGAAGAAAGAAGUUUUCUGUGAGAGAAGUGCAAGAAGUUUAAGAUGAAGUGUGACGAGUUGAACAGUAUUGUGGCGUCUCUGGUGCUGAUGCUGGGACUGGUGAAGGGGGAUAUCCUGAACAAUAUCGGGUCUCUCCUGCCGCCGUUUCUGACGGAGAACUUCGAGGAACUGGUGAAGACUGCGGAUGCCACAUGUAAAGUCCUCCCCGUGGACGUGCUGUUCCACCGUCCCUUCACCUUCGAGGCCCCUCUCAUCGACUUCGUGGAGUUCACCAGGGACUCCAACCGAACCUACCGCGUCUCCGAAGCCCCCAGGAUCUUCAUGAAGGAGCGCCCGACCUCUUUAGUUUUAUACGUUCCUGGUUGGUGGAACACUCCUACUGAUGAAUCUAGCAUCACUUUGGUUAAUGCUUUGUUAAAGAAGAUCCCUAUGGUCUUGGUGUUAGAUACAAGAUUGUCGUUUUGCAGAGGAUAUGUAGAUUCAGCAUCGAGAAUUCAACCUUUAGCUCGACUUUUGUACACUUUCAUUAAAAGCAUCAAUAAAAAGGGAUAUAAGCUUGAAAAUGUACAUUUAAUCGGCUUUAGUUUAGGCGCUCAUGUAGUAGGGGUAACAGGAAAAUUAGUACAGCAAGGAAUGAAUAAAAACUUAAGCAGAAUAACAGCUUUAGAUCCAGCUAAACCGUGUAUAAUACAAGAAUUCAGACUAGCUAAAAGCGAUGCGAAGUUCGUGCAAGUUUUUCACACAAGCGCUGGCGUUUUAGGACUUGAAGAUCCUGUUGGGGAUCUUGAUGUGUAUGUGAACGGGGUUGAUAUAAAGCAGCCGGAAUGUCAGAAUAGGAAGAUUAGUUUAGAAUGUGAUCACGCGCAGGCUUGGAAGCUUUUUGCCGCUUCUGUUUUAGAUGAGAAGUCUUUUAGAGGGCAGAGGUGUGCCGAUUGGACAGAUUUGAUGAAAGGAGAGUGUAAAGGGAGUGAAAAGCUGAUAGGUUACGGGUGCAGCAGUAGGACCAAGGGGAUGUUUCUGUACAAAACGGAAGAGCACGUGGCUCAGAAGAGGGAGGGAGUAGAGAAAGAGAUGAAGGUGUUCAAUCCUGUGGAGUUAUUGACAUCUUGGCUAGGGCGAUGAUGAAGUUUAAGUUAGUUCUAGUUUAGUUUAGUAUCGUCUGUGAUAUUUAUUUUAAUAAAGGAAUGUUAAUA